ACCCGUUAUCAUGGGCGAACAGAAGGAGGAGGAGGGCAUUCGUUAUUUACUCAUGGGGUGUCGUUGUUCUCGGACUUGUGUGUAUUGCUACACAAAGCAGAAUGUCAGAGCGAACACAAACUCAAAGCUUGCUGAACUUUCAUUCAGUAUCACACAAGGAUACGAUUCUUAAUAAAUUUGACACACUGAGGAAAAGACAAAUGCUUUGUGAUAUAACCCUCAUUGUUGAAGAUGUGCAUUUUAAAGCACAUAAGGCUCUUCUGGCUGCGAGCAGUGAAUAUUUCUCCCUGAUGUUCACUGCUGAAGACCAGGCCUGCCAGACUGUAUAUAGGUUGGAUGGUAUGGCGGCAAAAACCUUCGCAUCUGUGCUUGAAUUUAUCUACACUGCCAAUGCGUCUGUGGAGGAGAACAGCACUGAGCAGCUGCUUGACAUGGCCCGCUUGCUAGAAAUAAGCGAGCUUGUCAAAGCCCAUGCAGACUUGCAAUUUAGGAGCGCAGCCUCAACGUCAAAUGUCGGCUCAGAAGUACGUGAUAGUGACACAAGCACAAAUGAAACCAAACGCAAAAGGGGACGGCCAAGGAAAAACACUAAUCAUUCAGUACCAGACUUGGUACUACUGCCUCGAGAGACCAGAAUUCACAAUGAAUCGGAUAAAGCUACAGUGGAUUUACCUGUUUCCUCCCCAGAGUCCACAGAACCUACAUGCCACUCUGAUCCCCUUCCCAAUGACUCAGACGAUGCAGAUUAUGACCCAAGUGAGGACAGACCUCGGCUUGGCAAGCGCAGAAUAAGGCAGCCAGUGAAACUAAAAAGCUACAGGGUAGGAGAAGAAAUUAGUGAAGAAAGAGUCCUGGGAAAGAGAGGCAGAAAGAGGAAAUACCCAACCACAGAACCUCGUUGUGAUGAGUGCAGCAAAGUUUUUAAAAACCAUUUGUUUUUAAAAAUACAUCAGCGAACUCAUACAGGAGAAAAACCGUUCCGGUGCCAUGUUUGUGGGAACUGCUUUACACAGAAACAUACCCUUUUAGUUCAUCAGCGGAUGCACACUGGAGAAAAGCCAUUUGUGUGCAGCAUUUGCUCUAAAGCCCUCUCCACAAAGCACUCCCUGCAAGAACAUAUGAACUUGCAUGCAGAAAAGAAAUCUUUUAGCUGUGAUCAGUGCGGAAAAACUUUUAGCCAGAAGAGGCAGUUAAACAGUCAUUACCGAGUUCAUAGCGGAAAAGCAUUACCUGAAUGUGCACAUUGUCACCACAAGUUUAAGGAUACAGCACAACUAAAGAAGCAUCUAAGAACACACACAGGUGAGAAACCUUUUACAUGUGAGAUUUGCGGGAAGUGUUUUACUGCCAAGAGCACACUGCAGACACACAUCAGAAUUCACAGAGGAGAAAAGCCGUAUGUGUGCAACAUCUGCAGCAAGUCCUUCUCUGAUCCUAGUGCUAAAAGACGCCAUGUCGCCUCUCACACAGGGAAAAAGCCCUAUAUGUGCUCUGUGUGUAGUCUUUCUUUCACCCGUCUGGACAAUCUAAAAGCACAUACUAAAACUCACGAAAAAGAGCGGACAGAGGUGGAAGACACGCAACUACCCACGGUGGAGGCCAUGGAAGGUAAUGAGAAGAUGCACAAUGUCCUGGAGCUUCAGCAGUACCAGCUCCCCACCCAUUCAGAGCAGGAGAUCCAGUUAGUGGUUACAACUGAAAUGGACAAUAUUAACCUAGUGGCGGGUCAGAAGCCGGGCAGCCUUAAUAUCAUCACUACAGAGAAUGGUCCAGAGGAACUGGCAGCAGCAGGCCAGAACCAUUCCAGCCUUACCCUUCUCACUCAUCCCUCUGCCCAUAUCCAGAACGUUGCUCUGGUCACUCAGGACGAACUAGACCCCAGUGCACAAAUCCAGACAAUCAGUGUUGUAGAAGGUCAGGUGAGUAGUGAGCAAGCUGAGCAGAUGCACGUCAUCACACUGACUAAAGAAGCAAUGGAGCACUUUCAGGUUCAGCAGGGAGCUCCACAACAACUGCAGAUUAGCUCACGGCCCCUUCAGCAGCUGCAGGUGAUCCAGCAGGCCAUGCCUCAACUUUCUGCUACACAAGAGCCUCCUAGAGAGCAGCACAACCAGAGUCACACAGGUACUAUCCAUAUCAGCAGCCAAGCCGGCCAGCCGAUCUCCAUCAGCCAGACUAGUGAGCAGAUCCCAAGCACUCAGAUCCAAGGACAGACUUUUCAGAUACAGGCGGGUACAGUCUCGUACCUUUAUACCACAGGUCUUGCUCCUCAAAGCUAAGGACAAGGUGCAGCAAACUGCUAUUUAUCAUAAUAACUGCUAGUGCUGAUGGGACUAAUUAUUCUAUUUAUCAGCUAUAAUUGUAAAAAGUGGAGCUUUACUGACUGUUUAAAGAGCAAACCCAAUUUAGCACAACUAAUGACAAAUGUCUUGCCACUUUAUCAACUUAUAUGCAUGAGUUGGGCUAAAGAAGGUUUUAAGUAAAUUUUACCAACUAUAUGGCUCACAUGUAGAACUAGAUGCAUAUAAAAUUACAUAACAUUAAUGAAAGCUAAGUCUUAAACUAAGCUAAUCUAAGGUGCUGGGAUUGAUUGCAAUAGCAUUUUUGUGGUACUGCAAGCUCUGUGAAUUGCCACAAAAUAUUUAAACCAGUCAUGGUUAGCUAAGAUGUGGCAUUCUAACCUAUCAAAUCCUACCUCUCAUCUAGUGAUUUAACAUUAAGAGAUCUCUAGACUUUUUGGAGUUUAGGAUGUAGUUUUUUUUUUUUUUUCAAUGUAUUUUUUUUUCUUUCCUUUGCAUC